AUGUCUGUCAUCUACAAAGACCGUGACGAACCACGCACAUACACGACCGUCCGCCGUUACCGAGUACCAGACCGAGCAUUUGAGGAAGAAGAUGUCUACGAGAAACAGAUAGUCAUCAAGCGCGACCGCGAACAGGCCCCUCGAUAUGACCGUGAUCUCGCAUACCGCACCGGCGAACGAGACGCUCCAAGGGAAGUCGUUCGCUAUGAACGAAAUGUCGAGCGUGCGCCUUCUCCUGACCGAGUACGUGAGUUCCGCUUCGAACGGGAAAUAGACCGCGAGCCCCCUCGUCGCGAUCAAUGGGAUCUGGAGAGGUACACUCGCUCCACCGAGUACUAUCAACCACAACCCAUUAUCAUACGCCAAGAACCGCAACCAAUUAUUAUCAAGGAAGCCCCUCGACAACCCGUGGUCCUUCAACGAGAGGAGCCCAACUACGAACUUAUCGAACGUGACGAUGCACAGAGAAGGAGGGAUGAUGAUGACUAUUACUACGAACGGACCACUCGUGAGGUAGAUCGAGGUCCGCGUCGUGGAGGCGGUGGUGAGGACUUCUAUGAUGAGCGUUAUUACAGACACGAUGUUGACCCCCGGGAUUCAGCGUCCAACUACGCCGACGACCGCUAUAGCAGCGACGAAGAUAUUGUCAUCACUCGCACAGAACGUAACGGUGGCUCGCGCGACCACUCGCCUCACCAUCGCCGUCAUCUAGCCGAAGGUGCUAUAGCUGGACUUGGAGCCGCCGAGAUCCUCCGCCAUCAUCGCCGAAAACAAGGAGAGGAGGGUGGUCAUCGCGGUCGUCAACUUCUGGGCGGUGCUGCACUGGGUGCUGUUGGAGCUGAAGCUCUGAGCCGUGCCAGAAGUCACAUGCGAAGCUCACGCUCGAGGUCGAGUUCCAGCGAUCGUUCCUACCGUUCCAGCCGACGUGAGAGACGCCGUCGUCGCCGCAGCAAGAGCAGAAGUAGGAGUCGCUCUCGUGCGCGUACUUUGGCCAAAGUCGGUACAGUCGCCGCCGUUGGUGCUCUUGCCGCAUACGCUCUUCGCAACAGAGGUAACAAGGAAACGGUUAUUGUUAACAACGAGGUCCCGCCACCACGCCGCAGCAGGUCUAGAAGACGCCGUUCCUCGGUUGGUAGUGCUCCUCCUCCAUUGGACGCCAGAAGCAGGAGUGAAAGCAAGCAUCGUGACCCCGAACAUCGCAACCGCCGUAUUGCUCAGGCUGGCCUUGCGUCUGCUGCAGCUGCUGGUAUCUUGGAUCGCGUACGCAGUCGCUCGAGAGGCGGCAGAAGGUCUCGAUCUAAAAGCAGAAUUCGCACGGGUGCACCGAUCGCUGCGGCUGGACUGGGUGGUGCUGCUAUCGCCGGCUUGUAUGAGCGAAGUAAGGCUCGCAAAGAAGCGGCUCGAGACGACGCAUCUGAGCCCGGACGUCCCAGGUCCAGAUCUCGUAGUAGAUCUGUUCCUUAUCCUGAUGAUGAGCCUCGCUUGCGUAGAGCUUCGAGUGAUCCCGCGCUUAUAGAAUACGGUGACGAUCCGAUCUACCCGAACCGACGUUACGAGGAGCCACCAGCCGAGUACCGCCGCAGGCGCAGAGAUAGUUCGGCUUCUUUGAGCCCUGACAGACGCAGACAUGACAGAUCAAGUCGCUCGAGAUCGAGAAGUCGUAGCCGAACUAGAGGUUUGGCCGAAGGCGCUGCUGCCGCAGGCGUUGCUGCUGUAGCUGCUCACGAACUGGGCAAGCGGAAUGAGCACUACCCACAACAGGACUAUCGGCCGUACAACCCUGCUGAUUAUCCCCCACCUCCGGGAGCGGGUAGUGCUCCUCGUGGCCGACGUGACGAACGUUAUCCCAGCCCCGACCCCAAUCUCGGCUAUCCUCCUACUAAUGAGACUUUUGCUGGUGACUCACGCUACGCUGGCGACAAUCGCGGCAGGCCGGGUCCAGAACAUGUGAGUUCCACCACUCCUUCUGGUAUUAACUCUGAUCCACACGACUCUUCUGGUGGGUGGUUCGGUUCAAAGAGUGUGCAAUUUAAUGUACCGCCUAGCGAGGGCAUGAGUUCGCCAGAUGCGCAAAGGAAACCCAAUCCUCGUGAUGCAGACCCAGAUAUGGAAUAUUCAGAAAGCGAUGGACACGAUGACAGAACCAGAACGAGAAGCGAAUUGAGUAGCAAUGGCACUACAGAAACAGAACAUAAGCGCAGACGACGCAGGCGUCAUCGCUACCACGAUGAUGAUAUUGAUGAACACGAACGUGACGACGGUCACAAUAAUUCCCACCACCACCGCCGCAGACGCCAUAGAUCCCGCGAUCCUUCAGCACAACGACGCACAGGUUCGCCAGACAGCGUAAAUUCCAGCGAAACAGUCGAACUACCACCACGCUUUGAUCAGGAAGGUCGUAAAGUACCAGAGCGAGGCGAAGAUCCUUUGGCCGACAAGAUCGAAGACCUACUCCAUGGCAAAGGACUCGCUGGAGGUAUCUUCAAACGACUCACUGGUGACCUGCUCGGCGAUGGCGCUGUAAAGAAGAGACGUUGA